CUAACCCGUCACGCGAAAUUGCAAAAUAGUCUCAUAGUCUGGCUUUCAGAUGAGGCCUCUGCUAGUUUAUCUUUCGGUAGAGAAAUUUUACAAUGCUAUAUAGUAUUGGUGCUAUAGGUUUUAUCUUUAUGGUACAACUUAAAAUUGUACGUAUAUUUACAUUAUGGUACAACUUCAGAUUGUACCUAUACUUUUGGUACAAAUUCUUUUAUGGUACAACUUGAACUUGUACCUUCAAGUUGUAAAGUUGUACCAUAACAUAAUGAUACAAAUUGCUUUAUGGUACAACCUAAACUUAUAGAUUUAAUGUUAUGGUACAACUUUAAAUUGUACAUUAAAACACCAAUACUAUAUAGCAUAGUAGAAGUGCUCUAUCUCGGUAUACCACUCAUUGCAAUAAAACUCACCUUAAAGGAUUGUAAGGCUUUAAUUGAUAAGAUCACAAAAAGGAUAGAUGAUGGGAAAGCAAGAUUACUGUCUUAUGCAAGGAAGAUCUAGCUUGUUAUUUAUGCGUUAGCAAGCAUCACCAAAUACUGGAUGAGUAUCUUCCAGCUUCAAGGCAAUGUGUUAGCAAGGCACUAAUUAUACUCUAAUCAAAACCAAUACAUAAGAUAAUAAUUUAAUUGCGUGAUUUUCUCGUUUGAUAUGAACGAGACUACCGCAUAGAAAACAUAAACAUAAACUUCACGACUUAAGAGGGUAUGCGGGUACAGUUGCCCUAAUAAAUCCAUGAGUGGUUCUUACUUCUUAGCAUCCAUCCAUUUCAUACCCAUGAAUUUUUUACAUACUAGAAUAAUUUACACUUGCUUCAAAAUAAUUCGAGGCAUAUUCUCCCAUAAAUUCAGCUAAGUUUUGACAGACAUAAGAGGAAUCGUGCACAUCUAUAUAGAUAGGGAAGAGCAAAUGCAGGUGUUGGGGGGAUGAACUUGGGUGGCGAUUGCAUCUGUGUAUUUGAAAACCCGAAUAACUGUGACCGUGAUAAUGUUAAUUAAACCAAAACCAUUAAAAAAGAAGGUUGAUUAAACAACGGUAACAGACUUUGUGCGUUCUUCAAAAUAACUACUCAUCACAUGCAGAUUCAUACCUUCUUUUACAUAUUUGCGUUUUGAGCUAAUAAUUAAUUAAGUAAUCAAGGAGUCAGCUGAUAGAUUCAAUGUACGAUUUUGCAGCCAACGUACACAACGUCCCACCAGAGGGCCACCCUAAACCUAAUUAGUGUGGAGGAAGAAAUAUUCAACAAAGAUUAUCAUGUACAAGAACGUAAGUGUGCUAACAUCUUAUGUGCUAGUACUUAAUUAAUUAAUGUAUAUAGUAGCUUCUUCCUUCAUCAUAUCCUCCUCUCGUAGUUUCUGCCUCUCACUCUCCACCUCUACAUUCACUUCUCUCGCUAUGAAAACAAACCUAGCAUGUUACUUGUAAAAGAUAUCAUUUCACAAUUAUAAAAAAAAGUUUAUUACUUGUGAUCCUCUAUAAUGUUUAUGAUUUCAGAUGACCCAAAAAAAAAAGCUAAAAUGUCCUUGCAGAAAGUAGCUUUCACAAAAAAGGAAGGUGGGUUAGGGUGUAUGGAUUUGAAAUCCUGGAAUACUAUAUGUGUAACUAGGCAUAUAUGGGCUAUGUUGUCUGAUAUGGACACUAUGUGGAUUGCAUGGUUAAAGGAAUAUCGGUUGAGGAACUUGUCAAUAUGGGAUACAUAUUUCAGGUUCUUGGACUUGGAACAUAAUUCUGCAGGCUCGUUCUAUGAUUGCAGCAGAUCAGUUCCAGUGCUCAAAUCAAGGGGUUCUGUGGAAGGGUGUGAAAAUGGAAAAGUAUAGUAUCAAACAGAUUUGGGAGGCUAUCAGACCAAGGGGAGAGCUGCUGCCUGGAUGUCAGUUAAUCUGGGGUCAGUUUCAGAUCCCUAGAAACUCUCUGUUAGUAUGGCUUGCCAUGAUUGAUAGAAUCAACACUCUUGAUAAAAUCAAAAAGUGGAAGACUGAUGUAGAUGAAACCUGUCCUCUAUGCAUGAUCUUACUAGAAAGUCGAGACCAUAUUUUCCCUUAGUGCAGCUAUACCCAGAAUUGCUUGAGAUUUUUCCCUGCAAACUGGGGGUAUUUUUCUUCUGGUGGCUGGCAGGAGAGUUGGAGGACUACUACUAAGAGGUUGGGAAAGUGCAGGAUUGGGCGCCUGAUGUGGUGUUUGCUAAUUAGUGAAGUUUGGAGGGAGAGGUGUCGUCGGUUAUAUGGCAAGACGUACCUCACUUGUGAUUAGUUGAUUUCAAAAAUGCUGAAGAUCUUGGGGGAUUUGGAAUGUGGAAAUUGUGAGUUUGCAGCAGCUGUGGUAGUGAAGCCUUAUAUGUAGCAAGUAGAUAUGGAUAGACUGUUUUUGAAACUGUUAGCUUGUAUAGUCAGUUUGAGUUUGUUUGUUUGAUUCUCGAACAGAUUGUGUAGAAAUCUGGAUCUAUGUAAAACAUAUGAGUGUAGAUCGUAUUUGAUGAAAUAAAAUCUCCUCUUUUCAUAAAAAAAAAAAAUAAAUUAGCAGUGACACACGCAUGUUCCCCAUAUAAUUUUUUAAAAUGACAAUUGUGCUCCUCCCCUUAUAAAUCCGCAUUAAUUGUGGUCAACCCCUUCGAUAUAAAAACUCAUCAAAACUUCUACACAGAAAAGGUCAUCGAAACAAAAUAUUCAUAUUGGCUGGAAUUAAUAUUAGCAUCAUGCUCUACCAAAUUGGGUGUUAGCACCCUAACCUAAGUUAGUAUGUAUGGAGCUGGUGCUAUGAGCCAUUGUUAGAAACGCGCGACUUUUUUAUUUUUUAUAACCGAUAACCCUUACUCGUGGUUGCCACAUUGUAACACCACGAGCAGGUUAACUUGGGUAUGCGGCCUCACGGGCCAUGUCCAUCCUCGAGGGUAAGGAUACACCUCGCGCCUACAUGUGCAGCCGUGGAUUGAACCGGGUCGUUUGGCUAGGAUCUUCUCACAGAUAGCAAGAGCUGUCGCUAGGCUACGUGCUCUUUCGCAGGUCGCCGACUUCUCCUCCCAUUUCUCUUCUUCAAAUUCUUCUUCGUCAUCUCUAACUCUCCUCUUCAAACCCUACAAUUACCCCAAUUUUUCGUUUAUCUAUCACCCAUGCAAGCGACUGUGACGAGAAUCCGAAGUAAAAUCCGUGUUGAUGCCUAGCUACGGGUGACCUAAUUUAGCUUAAGAGAAUUGAGAGUGAGAUGGUAACACCAUGCCAUGGUUAUUGUUGUACAUUUGAAGGUAGCCUCCGUUGAGACAUGUCUAGAGCAUCGAUGGAAUUUUCAUUGACCAUAAAAACAAUUUGUCAAAGUAAUUUAUUGUUGAAGUUACCGUACAUAUAUACGUUCAAACCAUCCGUAAUUACUAUUAGGAAGAUUUGAUUAUACAAUUUGAUGACCAAGGGAUGGAUUUGACCUUUGAAUAUUUCAACAAGCUACCUAGUUUGGUACGUAUACGUGAUAAUUACUCUUCCCCCCUUUUCACCAAGUCAACGGUUCAUAUGGAUACUUUUUUUUACCGGCCGCUCUCGCAAAUGUGAAAUGUCUCGAAAGUACGUAACCGUGAAAACAACGUAGAGUCAGUAAUAAAUGCACUUUGGUGAGACGGCCGUCCGUUUAGGCUGCUUGUUAAUUCCCCAAUCAACUCUUUUACUGAGUUAGAAAGUUUGGAUGAGUGAUUUAGUACGGCUAAUAUGGUAUUACAUAAAUGGAAUGACAGAAUGGUAAUAUUAUACAAAUGAGUUAUUUAAACGCUUUCGAAACAAACUUUACAUGAGCACUUCUACUAUGCUAUAUAGCAUUGGUGCUUUAAUGUACAACUCAAAGUUGUACCAUAACAUUAAAUGUAUAAGUUUAGGUUGUACCAUAAUGCAAUUUGUACCAUUAUGUUAUGGUACAACUUUACAACUUGAAGUUGUACCAUCACAUAAAGGUACAAGUUCAAGUUGUACCAUAAAAGAAUUUGUACAAAAAAUAUAGGUACAAUAUAAAGUUGUACCAUAACG